AUGAGCGACGGACUGUUGGAGCAGGACCCCGGGUGGCAGUACCUGCGCCAGAGUGCCGAACAGGCGUUGGCCGCGUCGACGAAGAAAUUCGACUCGAAGAAGAAUGUGUGGAUCGCCGACGCCGAGGAGGGGUUCAUCACCGCCGAGAUCAAGGCGACGAAGGGCGACAUCCUCACCGUCGUCACGGCCAACGGGGCCGAGAAGACGCUGAAGAAGGACGAUAUUCAGCAGAUGAACCCGCCGAAAUACGAGAAGACCGAGGACAUGGCCAACUUGACGUUCCUCAACGACGCGUCGGUACUCAACAACCUGCGUCAGCGCUAUUAUGCCAUGAUGAUCUAUACCUACUCCGGCCUCUUCUGCGUCGUCAUCAACCCGUACAAGCGGCUGCCCAUCUAUUCGGAGUCGGUGUGCAAGAUGUACAUUGGGAAGCGGAGGAACGAGAUGCCACCUCAUCUCUUUGCCGUGUCCGACGAGGCCUAUCGCAAUAUGACAAACGAUCGCGAAAACCAGUCGAUGCUGAUCACCGGAGAAUCGGGCGCCGGAAAAACCGAGAACACCAAGAAGGUCAUCUCCUAUUUUGCGUACGUCGGCGCCAGCCAGAGCUCCGCCCCGAAAAACAAGGACAAGAAGAACGCGUCGCUGGAGGACCAGAUCGUGCAGACGAACCCGGUGUUGGAGGCGUUCGGAAACGCCAAAACGGUGCGCAACAACAACUCAUCCCGCUUCGGCAAGUUCAUCCGCAUCCACUUCAACACGGCCGGCAAGCUGGCCGGCGCCGACAUUGAGCACUACUUGCUGGAAAAGUCGCGUGUCAUCAAGCAAGCACCAGGAGAGCGCUGUUACCAUAUCUUCUACCAGCUGUACUCCGAUGGGGUGGCCGGGACCAGGGAUAAGCUUCUUCUGAAGAGGCCGCUGAAAGACUACCACUUUGUCGCCCAGGCCGAGCUGACCAUCGAGGGGGUCGACGACAAGGAGGAGAUGAUGCUCACGGAUGAAGCCUUUGACAUUAUGAAGUUCACCCAAACCGAGAAGGACCAACUUUUUGCCGUGACUGCAGGCCUGAUGCACAUGGGGGAGAUGAAAUUCAAGCAGCGCCCCCGCGAGGAGCAGGCCGAGGUUGAAGACUGCAGUGAGGGUGAGCUCGCCUGCAAGCUGUACGACUGCGACUUUGAAAAGUUUGUGCAGGCGCUGCUCAAGCCGCGCGUCAAGGUCGGCACCGAAUGGGUGAACAAGGGGCAGAACUUGGAGCAGGUCAACUGGGCCAUUGGGGCCCUGGCCAAGGCGCUGUACGCUCGCAUGUUCGCCUGGCUUAUUACGCGGUGCAACAAAACCUUGGAUGCCCACGAGCUGGCCCGCGACCAUUUCAUCGGAGUGCUCGACAUCGCUGGAUUUGAGAUUUUUGAUCUCAACUCCUUCGAGCAGCUGUGGAUCAACUUUGUGAACGAGAAACUCCAGCAGUUCUUCAACCACCACAUGUUCGUCCUCGAACAGGAGGAGUACCAGCGCGAGGGCAUCAAGUGGGAAUUCAUCGACUUUGGGCUUGACCUCCAGGCUUGCAUCGAGCUGAUCGAAAAGCCUCUCGGCAUCAUUUCGAUGCUUGACGAGGAGUGCAUCGUCCCGAAGGCCACCGACAUGACCUUGGCGCAGAAGCUGAACGACCAGCAUCUCGGCAAACACCCCAACUUCCAGAAGCCAAAGCCGCCGAAGGGAAAACAGUCUGAAGCCCACCUGGCCAUCGUCCACUACGCGGGCACCGUGCGCUACAACGUCAAGGCGUGGCUGGAGAAGAACAAGGACCCGCUGAACGACACCGCCGUCACCGUCCUCAAGGCCAACAAGGGCAACGAGCUGAUGAGGGAACUCUGGGCCAACUACGACACCCAGGAGGACAUCGCCAACGCGGCGAAGGACGGCAAGAAGGCCGCGCCUGGGAAGAAGAAGGCUAGGCAAAUCGGCCUCAUUCCAAACGGUCUCGAUGAUACGCACCCCCACUUCAUCCGCUGCAUCAUCCCCAACGAGCAGAAGAAGGCUGGCGUCAUCGACGCGAAUCUGGUGCUCAACCAGCUGACGUGCAACGGUGUGCUCGAAGGUAUCCGUAUCUGCCGCAAGGGAUUCCCCAACCGUAUGCCAUACCCCGAUUUCAAGCAGAGAUACGCCAUCCUUGCCGCUGACGCGGCCAAGAAUGCGCUUGAUGACGUCGCUGCUGGGAAGGGCAUCAGCGAGGAGCUGCUCAAGAAGGGGUCCCUCAAGCCGGAGGAGUUCCAGCUUGGCCAGACAAAGGUGUUCUUCAAAGCGGGAGUGCUGGCCCACCUGGAAGAGCUGCGCGACGAGGCGCUGAGCGUAAUCAUGACCAAGUUCCAGUGCGCCUGCCGGCACUAUUUGGCCCAAUGCGAGUACAAGCGGAAGCUCGAUCAAAAGGUCGGCCUCAUCGUCGUGCAGCGCAAUGUACGCGCCUGGUGCACGCUGCGCAGUUGGAAGUGGUUCUCGCUGUUCUCCCGCGUCAAGCCGCUGAUCAAGGGCAACAAGAAGGACGAGGAGUUCGAAGCGCUCGAGAAGAGAUGCAAGGAGCUGGAGGAAAGCUACGCCAAGGAGGAGCGCUCGCGCAAAGACCUUGAAGCCGACCUGGCGCGUAUGCAAAGCGAGAAACAGGCCCUGGCCAUGCAGCUCGAGCAGGAGCGCGACACCUCGGCUGAAGGGGAGGAGCGAUCGGCAAAGUUGCUGGCCCUCAAGGCAGAUUUGGAGAAGAAGAACGCCGACCUGAACGACCAGCUAGCCGACCAGGAGGACAAAUACAAUGCGUUGCAAAAGACGAAGAAGAAGGUCGAAGGCGACAAUGACAACCUGAAAAAGAACGUCCAGGACCUGGAGACGACCAUCAAAAAGCAGGAAACGGAGAAGCAAGCCAAAGACCACCAGAUACGCUCCCUUCAAGACGACAUUGCCAGCCAGGACGAGGUCAUUGCCAAGAUCACGAAGGAGCGGAAGCAUCAGGAGGAGGUGAACCGGAAACUGCUGGAGGACAUCCAGGCCGAGGAGGACAAGGUCAACCACCUCAACAAGACCAAGAGCAAGCUGGAGAGCGCACUCGAUGAGCUGGAGGACAAUUUGGAGCGUGAGCGCCGCCACCGCCAGGACAUCGAGAAGCAGCGCCGAAAGCUGGAGGGCGAAUUCAAGAUGGCCCAAGAGACGAUCGAGGAGCUGACCCGCCUUCGUCAUGAGCAGGAGGCCGCCAUGAAGAAGAAGGACGUCGAGAUUCACAACAUUACGAACCGACUGGAGGACGAGCAGAGCUUGGUUAACAAGCUCCAGAAGCAGAUCAAGGAGCUGCUCGCCCGAAUCCAGGAGCUCGAGGAGGAGCUGGAAGCCGAACGCAACGCCCGCGCCAAGGCCGAGCGCGCCCGCGCCGAUAUGCAACAAGAGCUCGAGGAGCUGGGCGACCGUCUCGACGAGGCUGGAGGAAACACCCAGGCCCAGAUGGAGCUCAACAAGAAGAGGGAGGCCGAGCUGCAGAAAUUGAGGCACGACGUCGAAGAGGCGAGCCUCGUGCAGGAGCAGGCAAUGGCCGGGCUCAGGAAGAAGCACCAGGACGCUGUAGCUGAACUCACCGAACAGCUCGAGACGCUGCAAAAGAGCAGGGCCAAGCUCGAGAAGGACAAGGCACAGAUUCAUAGGGAAGCCGAAGAGCUACAGAACCAAGUCGACGUCGAGGGCAAACACCGCCAGAACGCCGAGCGGCUCGCCAAGCAGCUGGAGGCGCAGCUAACCGAGCUGCAGCUCCGCAGCGAUGAGCAACAGGUCAGGCUUCGCCCCAUCUUCGAAAAUCGGACCCAUUGCAGCGCACCGGCCAAAGAGCUGCAGUCGCAAAAGUCGAGACUCCACACCGAGAACACCGAUUUGAACCGACAACUCGAAGAUGCCGAGUCGCAGCUCUCCCAGCUCAACCGCAUCAAGUCGCAGUUGAACAGCCAGCUGGAGGAGCUAAAGCGCCAGCUUGAGCAGGAGGCCCGUGAGCGCCAACAAGCGCAUAUUCAGGCGUCGAACUACCAGCUGGAGUGCCAGCAACUACGCGAGGCGCUCGAGGAGGAGCAAGACGGGAAGACCGAGCUGCAGAGACUCAUUUCAAAG